AUGGGCUGCCUCCGCCGCGCGCUCCGCCUCGGCCUACGCCGUGGGCUCUCCUCCUCCUCGGCGGCUCCGGCGGCCGCGGAGCAGGCUGAGCUCCCCCCGCCGCGCCCCUCCGCGGGGCGCCGCGUGGUGGUCACGGGGCUCGGGGCCGUCACCCCUCUCGGCCGCGGCGUGGGGCCCACCUGGGACCGCCUCGUGGCCGGCGGCUGCGCGGUGCGCGCGCUCGCCGCCGAGGACCUGCGCCUCCCGGGGGGAGCCGACGCGGGGAGGACGCUGGAGCAGCUCCCGUCCAGGGUCGCCGCCCCCGUGCCGCGCGGGAAGGGCGACGCCGAGUUCGACGAGGAGGCUUGGACUAAGGACAAUAAAUCUAUAUCCGGAUUUAUAGCCUAUGCUCUAUGUGCAGCUGAUGAGGCUUUAAGAGAUGCAAAUUGGUUGCCUUCAGAAGAUGAGAAGAAGGAAAGAACGGGAGUCUCAAUCGGUGGAGGGAUUGGAAGCAUCUCAGACAUUUUAGAUGCAUCGCAGAUGAUACUUGAAAAUCGUCUACGUCGCCUCAGUCCAUAUUUCAUUCCCAAGAUUUUGAUUAACAUGGCAUCCGGUCAUGUCAGCAUGAGAUAUGGUUUCCAGGGUCCAAACCAUGCUGCUGUGACAGCUUGUGCCACAGGUGCCCACUCUAUUGGUGAUGCUACACGGAUGAUUCAAUUUGGAGACGCGGAUGUAAUGGUGGCUGGUGGAACAGAGUCCAGCAUUGAUGCUUUGUCUAUAGCUGGAUUUUCUAGAUUAAGAGCAUUGUCUACAAAAUAUAACUCUCUUCCUCAAGCGGCUUCCAGGCCAUUUGAUUGUGGUAGAGAUGGAUUUGUGAUUGGUGAAGGUUGUGGAGUUAUGGUGUUGGAGGCACUUGAUCAUGCAAAAGAACGUGGGGCAAAAAUUUAUGCAGAAGUGAGAGGCUAUGGAAUGUCUGGUGACGCACACCACAUAACUCAGCCACAAAAUGAUGGUAGAGGUGCUACCUUAGCCAUGAAACGAGCUUUGGAUCAGUCAGGCCUUCAGGCAGAUCAAAUCGAUUAUCUGAAUGCACAUGCGACCUCAACUCCUCUUGGUGAUGCUGUAGAGGCUAAUGCAAUCAAAUCUGUCUUUGGUGACCAUGCAACAUCAGGUGGUCUUGCAUUGUCCUCAACAAAGGGAGCAAUUGGUCAUCUGCUUGGGGCAGCUGGGUCAGUGGAAGCAAUCUUCACCGUAUUAGCCAUCCACCAUGGCAUCGCUCCACCGACACUUAAUCUAGAAAAACCAGACACGCUGUUUGAAGGCGCGUUCAUGCCUCUAUCUUCCCCAAAGAAGAUGCCUAUCCGAGCUGCCAUCUCGAAUUCCUUUGGGUUUGGUGGAACCAACACGUCGCUGCUGUUCUCGUGCCCUCCUUAGUUGUUUCUAACAGCACCCUGUCUGUUUUGCCUGAAGAGCUGUAGCUGAACAUCCACAGAGAUUUUUUUUUUCCCUGCACAAACACCGGGAGGCACCAUCCGCGUGCACUGAGCAGAAGCUGAGAUUUCAGUCAUUUUUUCACCCUGUGUGCGGCAUGCCCCAUUGUUCUUGUGUUUGCUAAUUUUGUGACUCGGAGGAGUAUCUUUUUUUUUUUGUUUUCAAUUUUAUCUUAAGUUAAAUCAUAAAUUCAUAUAUUGUCUCGCUGGAUUGUGAAUUACCUCGUACAUAGAGAUGAUGUAUUUGUAAUUUUGUUUUACAUGUGAGGCUGAAAAUGCCUGAGACUGAUUUUGCAACAGGCAGACUGGAUGACAGAAGUGUUUAAGGGCUA